GGCUGGAGUGUCAUCGCUAGUCGCACAGCAUUCGUAUUUUAAUUUUCACACGCAACGAACGGUGGCAGAAAUAACGGUUGAACAAUGGCGAAGAGUGUCGGUAGUGCGUGCGCGCAAAUUGCGAUCCUUUUGGCCAUCAUUUGCAGUGCAUCGGAAUUCGUGUCGGCCGUGUUGCAUCAGGAGGCGUACGAGAUCGUGGACUCAAAUCUACCGAACAUUGCCGCAUACGGAGUGGUGCCACUGAGUGCGGAUCAGCUGCACCGUCAAAGGCGAGCAGCGGUCGUACCGCCACCGGUGCCGUCGGUGACCACGUACAGAGGCGCCGCAUCCGUCAAUGCCAGUGCGGAAGCUGGGGGAGUCGCUGGAGCUGGAGGUGUGGCCGCAGAGACCACGGUGACCACCGUGGACAACAAGGCGGCCGGCGAUAGUGUGUCCUACAACGUGCACAAUGUGGGCGUCAACGGCACCGGACAGCGGAAGACAUACGAUGUGGCUCCGGCCGUCGAUUCCAACACCACUGGCGGCCAAAGUGCGCCGGCUAACAAGAAGCCCACACUGUUGGCCCAGUCGGGAUACCCGAAGAAGGUGGCAUCAACCAUGACGGAUCCCUCGCCGGCGGUCAUCGAUGUGGACGUGUCCAAAGUGGACGUGCCCGAGGAGGAUAUCGAGGCGGCGGUGAAGAAUGCGUCGCUGAAUGAGACCGUGGACUACCACGACUACUACAACAGCGUGCUCUAUGUAAACAAGGACGAGGUGUCCUCAUUGUGGAACGAACUGAGGAAAACGCCAGUGAACACCAUGCUCUCCUCGUCCCACCGCAGGGCCAUGACGGUGGAGCUGAAGUUUGACUUUCCCUUCUACGGACACAAUGUGCGCAACAUCACGGUGGCCACCGGCGGUUUCCUCUACACCGGCGAGUACGUCCACUCCUGGCUGGCGGCCACCCAGUACAUUGCCCCACUGAUGGCCAACUUCGAUACGAGCAUGUCCAACGACUCGUUUGUCCGAUUGAACGACAAUGGAACCGCCUUCACUGCCCUGUGGGAAAAUGUGACGCUGCAGGACAAGCCGGAGUUCGGCAAGUUUACGUUCAGCGUGACCCUGCACCAGAGCGGCGACAUUGUUUUCACAUACCUGCUGGUGCCCACGCACAUCAAGUCCAUCCAGGACAAGGAGCAUCCGGUCAAGGUUGGCCUCUCCGACGCCUACAUCAUCGACAAGCAACUCUACUUUGCCCGCCGAAAGACAAUCUACGAGUACCACCGUGUCUCCUUCCAGCAGCAGGAGAUCACCAACUUCACCAUCGUCAAGCUGGCGGCACAGCCCACCUGCCUUGGCUACAAUGACUGCACUUCGUGCAUCAACCACAACACAACGUUUACGUGCCUAUGGUGCUCGGCGCUGAAUCGCUGCUCCACGGGUACCGACCGCAAGAAGCACGAGUGGGUCCAAAAGGGAUGUGACACCACCGCCAUUCACACCAAUAGUUCGUGCCCGGCCCUCGGCGAUAAGGGUAACAAUGCUGCCGCCCAGGGAAAGAGCGGUUCUGCGAACACUGGCGCCAGCAAUGGUGCGACAGACCCCUCAACGGCAUCCACCGGCUCAUCGCCGCCGGUCACGGAGCCCAGCGUGAUUAGCACGAGGGCACCACAUGCCACCGCGUACAUAAAGCCGGGGGUGGAGGCCUCCAGUGAUGUCCAUAGGGACACAAAGGUCGGCAACGCCGAACUAUCGAAGGCGGCAGCGGACAACAAGAGUGUGGGCGUUGCCUUUGGCUUCAUGGUGCCCAUCUGUCUGGUGUUCGCCGUUACGCUGUGGCUCUUCUACGCGUACCGCAAUCCGCACACCAAGAGCGGCCAGCUGCUCAUCCAGUUCCGUCCCAGCCAGUGGUCAUGGAGGCGUGGCGAGGCCCGCUACACGGCGGCCACGAUACACAUGUAGGCGGUGAUCGCCGAGGGCGUAGAGGAGGGGUACAGAGAUCGCGAGACGUGGGAGGGAGCUGAAGCUAUACCGACGAUGAAUCAACAAACCAACCAAACGAACCCUGAUCCCUUAAGGAGCAGUAUCGUGAACGCGGGGGCACUGAGAACUGAGAAGCAAUCGCCAUCAAAUACGAUUAUUUUACAACAUGGACAUGGAUCGCCCGACCGACCGACCGAGCACCGAGCGCCAGGUGCAAUCCUAUAUUUUAAAAAGACAUUUGAAACCCGUCUGCAAUUGUGAUGUUCCAUGUCCACAAUGACAAACAAAAGACCAUUUUUUUGAACUGAUUGUUGAGAUUUAGCUCAGAAUGCUGCCGAAACCUACAAAACAAAAAAAAGGAGAAACAAAAUAACAAAAUAAAAUAAAAGCAAUCUAGAAGUGUAAAGUAGAGCCAGGACCUGAGUGCUUGAGUCCCAGUCCCGCGGAACCAACUGCUCAAUGAAUAGGAGAAAAGAAAAGAAAACAACAAAAGACGACUGGCAACAGCAUGAAGUGAUCUGUUAAUGUAUCUUUUUACCUUUUUACCCUACCGCCUGCCCCAUUAGACAAAAGAGCAAAAAAAAGAGAGAAAAUUCUAUGAUAACAAUAAAUACCCCCGAAGACAACUAUUGUAUAACUCUGAGACCAACGGCUCCCACCAGGCCACGCACACACCCACACCUAAAGCACACACACACACAACACACACUCACACAACACACACAACAUACACUCACACACACAUGAGACACACACACAGACAUAGGGCAAAGUGCUUUCAAUUGUUUCAUAGUUCAAUUUUGUUUAGUGUUCUUUUAACUUACUCUGUAUUCUCUGUACUCUAAACCCCCAAAAGCUUGAAAAGAUGUCGAGGAAGGGCUGUAACUAUAUGUGUAUUUUUUGUGUGCGUGCGCGUUUUGCUGGACUCUUCGCCAAAAGUUCUUCCUCAAACUGUGUAAUUGUAUUUUUUUUAUUGUAUUGUGUAUUUUUGUUCGUAUUUGCGUACAUUUCGUUUCGUUUCAUUUAAUUUCGUUUGUUUUUGUAUUUUAAGUGUGUGUAGCUUGGCAAGCAAAUUCGGGAAAAUGUACUACUGCGAACACUGGGCGCAGUUUUUCAUACACUGUAUUAUACGCGAUUUGUAUGCAAGUUUAUUGUGUAAAUGGCAAAUGCGUGCAGGGAGGGGAUUCAGAUUUCAAGGCGAGCACGCAAAAGCCCUUUUAUAUUAUACAUAUAUCCAAGACAACCUCUUCUUUUUGUUAGUAUUUUUUUCUAUUAAUUAAUAUUACAAAUGCAAAUAAACAAUAAAACAAUAAACGAGAAAAACAACAAAGAAAAUAAAUAAACCUAUAUAUAUAUACAUGAAUAUAUAAAAUGAUAACUAAACGCGGUGUGCAAAGCUAAACUAAAUCUUUAAUUAACUAAGUAAGGGAGAUUGGAACGAGGAGAGGAGAUUUAAAUAUGUAAUAUCAAUAAAACCAAUCCAUGGAAUAAAAACCCCAAGCAUGCAAGCGACAACAACUAAGAAAUUGUAUAACAAUGUAUUUUGAUAAAGAAAUUAAACUUGUAUUUUAAGUUCUUCGUAUGUAUACAUGAUAAUUUAAAUAAAAGAAAAAAAAAAACAUUCUUGAAAAUGAAA